AUGGACUAUUCCAACUAUACUCCUCAUCCUGCCCAGCCUUACUCAACGUUAUAUGGACUGCCCACGCCCGACCAACCGCCGCGGCAGCAGCCCGAAGAUGUCCUCCAGGACCCAUUUGUAAUGCAGGGCCCCUAUGGUCAAUACUAUCCCGGAUUCGACCCAUCAUUUCGCAUCGACCCAUCAGCGUCGUUUGUCCCGUCGCCUCACUCACCCCCCGACUCGUGUGCGAAGCAGUCGGUUUCAAGCAAUGACGUGCACAACCAGACCAAGCAGGAGCCAACAUCAAUCGACGGAGAUGAUGGCCAUUAUCGCGAUCCGACCGCACGGAGUAGUAGCGAAGAAAAGGAGUCGCUAACUCCAGCGCAAAGCAAGCGCAAGGCACAAAAUCGCGCAGCACAACGAGCAUUCCGCGAGCGCAAAGAGCGCCACGUCAAAGAUCUUGAGGACAAGGUGAACAAUUUGGAGCAAUCAUCCUCUACGCUUCAAGCAGACAACGAGCGAUUAAAGCGCGAACUCGCCAAAUACGCAACGGAGAAUGAGAUCCUACGAGCGACGUCGCAUUCAUUAAAUGGCAGCAGCAAGGGAGGUCCUGCGCCGGCAGUCACCGGGCCAAUGACCUAUUCCCCAACAGACUUCUAUUCCACUCUCGUACCUGAUGCUGCAGGCUCUACGAUGAUCCCACAGGGCCAACACCGUGCCACAACGUGUCCGAUCACCGGCGAGAAACUCUUAAACGCAGGUGCGACAUGGGAUCUUAUUCAAAGUCAUGAUCUGUUCAAGCGCGGACAGGUAAAUAUAGGCGACGUGGCCGAGCGCUUAAAAGGUAGUGCUCAAUGCAAUGGACAGGGCCCUGCUUUCAGCGAAGCCCUCGUUUUGAGAGCAAUCGAGGAGAGUGCUGCUGAUCGCGACGAACUAAUCUGA